AUGGAUCAAUACCCAACAAUUGAUUAUAGAUUGCUGGUGGAUAAUUUAACCACUGCAAUUCUUUUGGUCGAUUGUAAUUUAAAUAUUUUUUAUCUUAAUUCAUCAUGCGAAGCAUUGUUUGAUAUUAGCUUGCUUCGUGCGGCAGGUCAGCCAGUGAUUAAUAUUUUACAUGCACCAAAUGAUAGCUUUAAUACCUUGGAAGCAUUAAACAACUCAAUAAAAACAGGUCAAGCCUAUACACGCCGUGAAGCGAUUAUCAAUGUUAACUUUAAAGACAUGCAUGUUGAUUAUUCCGUGUCGCAGUUAAAUACAGGAAGAUCCUAUCACCCAUUACUAUUAAUUGAAUUAAAUCCGAUUGAUCGGAUGCUUAAAAUUUCUAAAGAAGAAAACCUGAUUCAACAACAUCAAGUUGCACGUCAACUAAUUCGAGGUGUUGCACAUGAAAUCAAAAACCCAUUAGGUGGAAUUCGUGGUGCAACUCAACUGCUUGCUCGUAGUUUAAAUGAUCCACAGUAUGCAGAGUUCACCGAUAUUAUUAUCAGUGAAGUCGAUCGUUUAAGAAACCUUGCUGAUACUAUGCUGGGUUCACGUCAGCUCCCGAGCUACGAACUGGUCAACGUGCAUGAACCGCUUGAACGUGUUCGCUCUUUAAUUGUAAAUCAAACCAAGAAAAAAAUUAAAAUCACACGAGACUAUGACCUUUCAUUGCCUGAUGUCAAAGCAGAUCGCGAUCAACUGAUUCAAGUGAUGCUCAAUAUUAGUGUCAAUGCGGUACAGGCGAUGACUGAGAAUCGUGAGUUUUUUAUUGAUCAUCAACCUGAACUGAUGUUGCGUACACGCAUUCAACGUUUGGUGACGAUUAAUGGCGUACUGAAUAAAUCAGCCAUUCGUAUUGAUAUUGAAGACAAUGGCCCUGGUGUUCCUGAAGAAAUUUUAGAAUCCGUGUUUUAUCCGCUUGUGACUGGCCGUGCCAAAGGAACAGGUCUUGGCUUAAGCAUCGCACAAAAUAUCAUGCAUCAACACAACGGAAUGAUUGAAUGCCAAUCCUAUUUAGCUUAUAUCUACCUUGGGAGUCUAACCAUGUCGCAUAAUAAAAUUUGGGUGAUCGAUGACGACCGUGCUAUGCGUUGGGUCUUGGAAAAAACAUUUAAAGAAGAAGGCUUCGAUGUCACCAGUUUUGAAGAAGCACAAUCUGCUUUAGAUCAGCUUCAAAGCAAUGCGCCAGAUGUCAUUCUCACUGAUAUUCGUAUGCCCGGCAUUGAUGGUUUAACCUUCCUAGGAAAAGUCAAAGGAAGUUAUCCUGAUCUGCCUGUGAUUAUUAUGACAGCACACUCAGAUUUAGAAUCUGCAGUAUCGAGCUAUCAAACAGGUGCUUUUGAAUAUCUUCCAAAGCCAUUUGAUAUUGAUGAAGCACUUGCACUGGUGAAUCGUGCCAUUUUGCACAUCAACAAGCUGCAACAACAAGAAUCUGCCAAAGUCACCCCAAUUCAAUCUACUGAGAUUAUUGGUGAAUCCCCUGCAAUGCAGGAAGUUUUCCGCGCCAUUGGACGUCUAUCUCAAUCGCAUAUUACCGUAUUGAUCAACGGGGAGUCUGGGACAGGUAAAGAGUUAGUUGCGCAUGCUUUACAUCGCCACUCACCAAGAAGCAGUAAACCAUUUAUUGCUUUAAACAUGGCUGCUAUUCCAAAAGAUUUGAUUGAAACUGAAUUAUUUGGUCAUGAAAAAGGCGCAUUUACUGGUGCCAAUACUCAACGCCAAGGUCGUUUUGAACAAGCCAAUGGUGGAACCUUAUUCUUAGAUGAAAUUGGUGAUAUGCCAUUUGAAACACAAACACGUCUACUCCGUGUUUUGGCAGAUGGUGAAUUUUAUCGUGUUGGUGGUCAUAUUCCAGUUCGUGUUGAUGUUCGUAUCGUGGCAGCAACACAUCAAGAUUUAGAAAAAUUGGUCAAUGAUGGCCGUUUCCGUGAAGACUUAUAUCAUCGCUUAAAUGUCAUUCGUAUUCAUAUUCCUAAACUUGCUCAUCGUUCUGAAGAUAUUCCGAUGUUGGCGCAACACUUCUUGGCACGCGCGGGUAAAGAACUCGGGGUUAGUCCAAAAAUUUUACGCCCAGAAACGCAAGAGUAUAUUCAAAAACUGCCUUGGCCAGGCAACGUACGUCAACUCGAGAAUACCUGCCGCUGGUUAACUGUGAUGAUCACAGGCCGUGAAGUUUAUCCAGAAGACUUACCGUCAGAAUUAAAACAAAUUCCAAUCAAUAAAUCUGAUGAUCAAGGUCAAGCACAAGCUGGUAUCGACCGUGUUGCAUUACAUCAUUGGGAUGAGUUACUGGCGCAAUGGGCGAUUCAAAAGCUUAAAAAUGGUGAAAUGAAAAUUUUAGACAUUGCCACCCCAAUGUUUGAACGUACUUUGAUCAUCGCAGCACUUCAACAAACCCGUGGUCGUAAACGUCAUGCUGCUGAACUCUUAGGUUGGGGGCGUAACACUUUAACGCGCAAACUCAAAGAAUUAGGCAUGGAUUCUGCUGAAGAUGAUGAAGAGGAAGACAAAACUGUUUUAGCCGAAUAA